AUGGGCUGCACGGAAUGGAUGGAAACGAACCAAAAGAAUAAGCCACAGAGUAACGCGUUAGCGGCAGGCAUUUUAUCUCUGCUCACCACUAGCAUGUUCCUCGCUGGAACAUUGUACAAUACUGGAUAUAACAACCAAGAAUGGGCCCUCGACCAGUCCGAUUCGGCUGUGAUGACGACGCUUCUGAUUUUUCACGUAACUGCAAUCGCCAGUUUCGCAGUGACAUGUUUUCUGAUCGAACGGUACCCCAAAAAACAAAUCAAUUACGUUCUUAUGUCUUUGGUGACCGUCGGGAGCGUGGUGGUGAUUGCCGUCCCGCACAACGUUAUUGCAAUUGCUUUCGCUCGAAGCCUGAUGGGAUUGGCGCACGGGAUGGCAUACCUGUUGGUUCUCAUCCACGGCGGAGAAAUAGUGAUUAAGGAGUUACGUGGCAUUAUCAUGUCCGGAGUGAGUUUUUGCGUUGUGGCGGGAGUUUUGUUGGGAGGAGUCUUGAUUUCAGUUCGGUAUGACGUGAUCGAUCAGUAUCGCUUCAUUGGGAUCCUUGGACUGGUCUACAUGCUCUUGGCCGUCUUCUUAAACCAAAUGCUCUGCUAUGAAUCUCCGGUAUUCCUGGUGCAGCGUAACCUCGAUGGUGAAGCGAUCCGCAGCAUGAUGAAGCUCCGCAACGAGUCGACCGAAACAUGGCAAAUUCGUAACGAGCUGACGGAAAUUAAAACCAUGCUGUCGGAGGACGAGACCACGUCCCGCUCGAUCUGGAGCGAUGGGAACUUCCGACCAUUGGUGCUGCUGGCAUUGACAAAGGUGGCGUCGGUACUCUCGUUCAACUUUGCGGUAAACAUGGUCAAAGUGAACGUCGUCGAUCAUAUGGUGGAAAUCGAGGAUAGUGAGGUUAGCCUAUCUGUUACCAUACUGAUGUCCAUUCGGCUUGUCGUAGGACUGGUGGUGAUGUUCACCAUCGAUGUGCUCGGGCGUCGAGCUCUGCAGCUAGUCUCUACCGUGUCCACUGCAUUCAUACUGAUAGCCAUAGGUAUCGCCUAUCUCGCUGCCGAUUCCAUCCCUCACGACGUCGGCAUGGCGAUAUUUUUCGCCUGUGAAGUGGGAGCCUCGCUGGGACUGACCCUUGUGCCGGACGUGCUCUGCUCGGAAGCGUUUAAUACAAAGAAAAAGGCCUGCUCCAUUGCUACCGUACAGAUAUUGGAGCACCUACUUCACAUACUCAUCUUCGCCAUCACCUUCAAGUGGAACUUUACGGUAGACGAUCGCUACGGUGCAACGUUGUUGGCAGCUGGAGUGCCUCUGCUCCCUAUCGCCUACGUUCUCUACCAAAAGCUUCCCGAGACGUCCAAAAUGUCCAUCCGGCAGGCGAGGAUUGAGUUCUACAAGCGCGAUGGGAUCGUGUUUGGUGGCAGCAAGAAUUCAGUAGAGGCACUCUAUGACUGA